GUCUUCGUCUUCGACCUUGCGGAGUUGCAAACUGCAAUCUUGAACGACAUGGCAGGAAUAUUGUUCUUAUCAACACAUCGAAGGAACUUCCAAAAUGUGACAAUUGUCUUCAAUCAAAGUUGAAGAUUGGUACUAGCAAUAGUGUGACGACAUUAAUGGGUGCCAUGGCAGUGACACACUUGAUUGCUCCAGUUGCUGCAAAAGCUGAAGUAGCUGCUUCUGUUUAUUCUUUGGCUGAUGCAAACCUAAGUGACUGGUUUGGAGGUUUAUUGUAUUCAGCUGGGCAACAGGCCAAUGAAGCUGUUCAGAGUCAAUUAUCUUCUCCCAGUUUCACUAGUUUGGCAGUAAUUUUUGGGGCAGGGCUUGUGACCAGUCUUUCUCCUUGUACACUCAGUGUCUUACCGUUGACCCUUGGUUACAUUGGGGCAUUUGGCUCUGGAAAAAGUAGAGCAGAGGUUAUUGGGGAUUCAAUUGCAUUCUCCUUGGGUCUUGCAACAACAUUAGCCCUUUUGGGAGUCGCUGCAUCCUUUGCUGGAAAGGCUUAUGGACAGAUAGGCCAAGGAUUACCACUGGCUGCUUCUGGUUUGGCUGUAAUUAUGGGUCUGAACCUUCUUGAGAUCAUUGAAUUGCAGCUCCCCUCGUUCUUCGACAGUUUUGAUCCACGUGCAGCAGCUGCCAAUUUCCCAUCAAGUGUGCAAGCAUAUCUGGCUGGGCUUACAUUUGCUUUAGCUGCCUCGCCUUGCAGCACACCUGUACUGGCUACCCUUCUAGGUUAUGUUGCUGCAUCCAAGGAUCCAGUGAUUGGAGGCAGCUUACUUUUGACAUACACAACUGGUUAUGUUGCUCCCUUACUCUUAGCUGCUUCUUUUGCUGGAGCAUUACAGAGCUUGCUUUCAUUUCGCAAGUUCUCAGCAUGGAUCAAUCCCAUAAGUGGAGCAAUGCUGCUAGGAGGUGGUGUGUAUACUUUCUUAGAUAGGCUGUUCCCUGCAACAAUGGUGAUGUAGAAAAUUUCCAUGCUCUCAACACAUGGCUCUUACUCGAAACACCUCGUAUAUAUGAUACAAUGAUGCAAAAUUCAAAAGAAAUUGAAAUUCAAGUGCAAGUGCAAGAUUUACUGUAUUCUACAGUUCCUAUCCAAAUCUAUUAUGUAUUAUUUAGAUCAUUAUAAUCUUUUAUUUAAAAGAACUACUUUAAGUC